AUGACUAUAGAUAUUGAUCCUUUAUAUACAGAUAUCAACAAAAGCUGUUAUUCAAAUGAUGGAAAAACACUCAAAAUUGUCAAAGAUACUUCUCCGUACUUUAGAAUAUCAGCAGCAUGUGAAAAAAUUGAAAAUAGCUGCUUUUAUUUUCUUAAUACUUUAAUAUCUUUCUCUUUUCAAGAAAAUCCAAAUUUAACCACAAUUGGAAAUCUUGGAUUUUAUGAAUGUAAGAACCUCACUACUAUUAAUUUGUCAUCCUGCAGUAAACUCAGGGUAAUAUCGAGUAGUGCUUUUUACAAUUGUUAUAAUGUAUCUAAGAUACUCUUGCCUAAUGGACUUCUUGAGAUUCGGAGACAAUCAUUUUCAAAUAACAAUUUAUUAACAAGUAUUACAAUCCCAGCAUCAGUCAAAAUUAUAGAAUUUGCGGCAUUUGCCAUGUGCAAAAAACUUGAAAGAGUGUAUUUCCAAGAGGGUUCAAAUUUAACUGAGCUAGUAUGGGAUACAUUUUCUCGUACUAAUAUCACUUGUUUUCAAAUUCCAGAAAAAGUUACUAAAGUCAAUGGAAAUGCAUUUAGCAGAUGCAUAUUGACAAACCUCACUAUUCAUCCCAAUAAUAAUCAUUUCAUUGUUUUCAAUGACGCUUUGUUAUCCCAAAAUAAAAGUAUUUUAAUCUUGAUAUGUAACAAAUCUUUAAAAACAUUUGAAAUUCCUGAAUACAUCACAUCUAUUGGAGAAAUGAGUUUUUCUGAAUCAAAUCUAGUUACAAUAACAAUUCCAAAAACUGUAAAAAUAAUUGAAAACUGUGCUUUUUGGAAUUGCGAUUAUUUGAUAAAUGUUACAUUUAUAGAACCUGUAGAAUUUAUUGGAAGUCAGCCUUUUGAUUAUUGCGAUAAUCUUGAAUUAAUAUCAUUUCCUAAUUCAACAAUGAAUAUUCCAGAACGCUUAUUUAGUACCAAAAAUUCUCCAAAAUUGAAAUUAUCAUUUACAUGUAAAAUCUUAUUUUCUCUUGAAUCAAUAGCCAGAAAUACGGAUAUUUCGAUUUCAUACUUUGAAGGACAAGAUCUUAUUAUUGAUUCAAAUUUGUUGAUAUCUAAUUCAGAACAAACAGAAGUUUAUGAAUAUUGGGGAUAUCACACAUCCAUUUAUUAUGGAAUAACAAUUCCUAAAUCUUAUAUAAAAAUCAGAGAAAGAGCAUUUCAAAAUUCAAUUCUUGGCAGUAUAAAAUUUGAAAAAGAAUCCCGAUUUUCAGAACUUGGACCUUACUCAUUUACAAAUUGUACAAGCAUUUAUUCUAUUAACUUUGAGAAUACUCAAUUGCACUCCUUAGGAUUUUUAGCAUUUGUAAAUUGCACCGGGUUAAAAUAUGUACGCUUUCCAUUGACUGACUUUGAAUUAAGCAUCAAUGCAUUUAAAGACUGCACUCAGUUAGAAAUAGUAUAUAAUAUAAAUAAUAUAUCCGAAAAUUGUUUUUCAGGAUGUUUUAACUUGAAAAAUGUUUACAUGCGAGAUGGAUUAACAAUGAUAGGAGCUAGAUCAUUCGAAAAUUGUAUUUCUUUAGAGAGAAUUAGCAUUCCGUCUUCAAUCCGAACAAUCUCAGAAUAUUCAUUUUUUAACUGUACGAAACUUAGUCAGAUCACAUUCAAUAAAUCAAAUAAUCUUGAAUAUUUUUCAAAUAACUCGUUUUCUGGCUGCGAUUCAUUGACUGAUAUAAAUGAUUUUUCAUCAGAUAAAUAUGAUUGCAUUGAUAAUACUCUUUACUAUAAAAAUGAUACAGGUAAGUAUCUAAUUUAUCAUUUGAGUAAUUCAAAUGAUAAAAUUCUAUUUGUCAAAUGUACUGCUAUUUGUAGUUAUUCAUUCAAUUAUAGCAGGAACAUCGAGAACAUAAGUAUUAGUUCAAACAGUGUUUCUUUGAUUGAAGAAUAUUCACUCAAUAACUGUGAUAAACUCAAAUAUAUUAAUUUCCCUCUCUCAAUUAAAACUGUUGAACAACUUGCAUUCAACGCAUGCAACUCAAUUCAAUGUGCACUUAUUAUUGAAAACAAAUCUUCUGAUUAUCUGAAAAUGAUUAACAAAUCAGGAAUUUCAGAACAACUUAUUAUUCUAUGUCAUGUUAUUCCUAGUUCAGGUAAUUCUGAAGCCCUCAUAAGAUUCUACAGCAAUCCUAUGAAAUUUUUUGGCAAUAUCUUACUAAAUAAUAUAUCACAUGUGAAUAUACGUUUUUAUAUCUAUUUGUAA